AUGUGUCAUCAGAUCUCAUGGUACCGGGCCAUGUGCUUACAUCCAGACCCAUCCUGGAAACUGGAGAUCCCCUGUCAGACCGCUAUCAAAGCUGGAACCAAUCUCUGUAACAAGGUGGAGGUCGUGAUUCUCCCCAUGCCGGACACGUGUGAGAUCUGCAAGAUGCAGGAGUGGCUUGAGAAGAAUCUGUCCGUCCUUGAGACAGGAUUUGCGGAAGACCAGGAAGAUUCGUGCGCGGAAGACCAUAUUGCUGAGUGGAGGGAUGCUUGCGGCCCGGGGUUUGUCUCGGAAGAGUUUGAGGAUGACGAGUCCGAGAUGUUUGAUAGAAUCACAUUCUAG